AUGGCUAGUUUACAGGUAGUUUCAAAAUCAGAAAAUAACCAGCCACCCGGAUCCAGUAGGAUUGAUCAAAACCCGACCGACCCGACACGGCCACACAUACAUCAUAAACGAGUACGACUAUUGGUUCUUCCCCAAACACAGAUACACAACAAUACGAUUACAUUCCAAAUUCCGAGCCCUAGCUUCGAAGCCGAUCUCAGAAGAACCCAAAUUCAGAGGAGUUCGAAAUCAAAAAAAGACGAUGAAGACUACAUUGAUAUGUGUUUUGCCCCUCUUGUUCUAAGGACCACAAACCCACUGGAGCAUCUUGUGAAAUCUGGUCAUUGUUCCGUCUCUCAUGUGUUUUGGGACCAGGACAAGCCAGCUCUUAUUACCUAUCCCGAUUUAGCUUUAAAUUAUCGAAGAGCAGCAUAA